AUGCAGAGGGAGGACGCGUCCUGUUCUGUUGCGGCCACCGGCACCACCGCGCCGCCACCGCCAAGAGCGGGAGUGGUGGUGGGGCAGGUGGGGCGCACCUUUCGCGGGCUGAAGGGGAGUCAUGUGGGGGCCGAGGCCGGCCAGUGGCUCGUCAUCCACUCCCACUCUCUCGACGGCUGGGCUCGCGUCUCCCACCCCGACGGACGGCAGGGCCUGUUUCCGUACUCGUGCAUCGACGAGUCGUCGCUGCGUCCAGCGCCCCAUCUGCUGUCCCUCAAGCUCAUGGGCAAGGAUGGCGGACCUCCUCCGCCUCUGCCCCCGCCGCGGUCCGCACCACCCGCCGUCGCCGACCGACCGGCGGAGCCUCUGAUGAGCGGCACGCCUGCGCGCCACACCGACCACACCGACACGACCACCACGACUGCGCCACAGGCAAAGGACAAAGAAAAAGAGGACGACACGAGCGACAACGACGAAGACGAUGGAGACACGUCGGACGACUCGCUCGGAAGCAACUCCGAAGGAGAAGACGACCACGACGACGAUGACGAUGACGAUGACGAUAACGGCGACGACGGCGCGCCUUCAGCCGCAGCGUCACUGCCGGCGUGUGGUGUGCCCCCCGAGAACGCGGUGGUGGGCGGCGCGAGGCGCGGCACGCGGUACCUCCGCACGGACGAGCUGGAGCAGCUCUACUCCGCCCUCUUCCGCCGCUCCCUCCACCACCCACGCGCCUCGGCCGCUGCCGAGCCAUCGUCGACGCCGCCGCCUCCCCGCGCGCCACCAGCGCAACCGACGGUUGCACGGUCCGCAUCGUCAUCGUCGCCUCCGCCGUCCCCGAAGCCGGCAGCAGCUGCAGUCCAAUCGGCGACGGCGACAGAAGCGCCGGCGCCGGCGGCCGCCGAACGAAUCCCGCUUCGCGCGGAGCUGGAGAAGAAGAGGUUGCGCCUCGUGGAGGAGCUGAUCGAAAGCGAGGAGCUCUACCUCCGCCACUUGCACAUCAUCCAACAGGUAUACCUCCCACCGCUGGUGGAGAAGGGUGUGUUGGUGGGCGAGCAGGAGCGGUUCCUGAGCUCGAACGUGGGCCUCUUUGCCGACAUGCACCGCGAGUUCCACAGCCUCCUCUUCCGCCGCUUCCGCCGCUACUCCUACGCCACCCCGCAGCCGCAGCCCCCACCCAUCGGCGACAUCUUCCUCACCAUGGCACGCCACCACACCAAACUUCGCUCUUUCGGGCAUGCGGCCGCCCUCGCCGCCCUCCACAAGCUCAACGAGUCGAGCUCCGCCUUUCGCCGCUGCAUCCGCAACAUCGAGGCGAGCGAGGCGGCUCGCGGUCUCACGCUCGCCGAGCUGCUCAUCGCUCCGCUGGAGCGCAUCUGCAAGUACCCGCGGUUCCUCAGCGAGCUGCUCGAGCUGACGCCGCGCACGGCGGUGGACUACGAGCUGUUGCGUGCGGCGCAGGAGCAGAUCGUGGCGGUGGUGACGGCCUCCAACGAGGCCGCCGCGCGGGGCGCCAACCACCAGCGCAUGCGGCAGAUCGCCGGCUACUUCUCGCGGCAGCACCUGCGCGACAUCAUGGGCUCCUCGCGCAACUUCAUCCACGAGGGCCACCUCUACGCCUUCGACCCACCCGGCAGCGGCGGCGGCAGUGACCAGCAGUCUGGUCACACGCCGACCGGGAAGCCCGUGGUGGUGUUCCUCUUCAGCGACAUCAUGGUGGUGGCCGACCGGCUCAAGAGCGCCAAGCUGCUCGACCCGGCCAAGCGGCACAAGCGCUGCUUCUCAUCCAUGCACCGCAUCCCGCUGGCCUCGUCGCGCAUCAUCAACGUCGUCUCUGCCGACAACACCAUCGCCGACGCCAUCAUCGCACAACAACAACAACAGCAGCAGCAGCAGCAGCGCGUCUCAUUGUCGGCAGAGUCAUCAACGUCGCCUUUGUCGACAGACGCGCCCUCCCCGCGUGGCUCGACGGCUGGCGACGACGACCUUUCUUCUGUCGACAGCAGGCAACAGCAGCAGACCAACAGCGACAACAGGAAGGUGAAGGGGAGCCUGCGGCGAUGGCGCAAGGACAGCGACUCGACGCCCGACGUGCAGUCGCAGCAGACGCACCACCUGCACCGGUUCGAGCUGCAGGCCCUGUGGCGCAGCGCCGACGAGGAGCACGUGCUGCGGCGCUACCUGUUCGGGGCCGAGAGCGAGGACGAGAAGCGGAUGUGGUUCCGCAGCAUCCAGAAGCUCAUCAACCACGCCCUCCUCCGUCAGCUGAACGCCCUGCCCGCCGGUGAGGUCGGCGACGACUAUCACCACGACACCAACAGCGCCAACGGCGAUGACAAUUAUGAUGAUGGUGGUGGUGGUGGUGACGAUGACGAGGAAGAGUCGAGUGGCUCUUCGCGCCGCAAGCCCACGCGGAGGGCGGCCAGCUUCUCGUCGGCGUCGCAUAGCAACAGCAGCCUGCUGGCCAAGGCCAAGGCCAGCACCACCUUCCGGCGAAAGGUAGAGCGCCUCCGCUCGAGCGACCAAUCCUCAUCCGGUUCGGGGAAAAGCCCGCCGGCCUCGCCCAAGAAGAAGGCCGCCCCGGCCAAGAAGAAGCACCACACGCCGUCGUUGUCGUUGGACGCCACCGACCACCACCACCAGCAACAGCAGCGACAGCCGACCAACGACCAGACACAGUCGGAGGAGGGCGGGGCGGCGCGGGACGAGGUCACCCUGCUGCGGGACGAGAUCGAGCAGCUCAAGCUGCAGCUCCACACGCUACGCCCCUUCACCGGCUCCCUCCCGUGGGACUCGUCAUCGACCACCUCCGCCGUUGCCGCCGCCGGAGACUCGCCGAUGGCGCCAUCGGCCGCCGGCUCGUCAUCGGCGUCGCCGUCGGCCAGCCUCAUCGUCAAACGGCGCCAACGCCGCUCCCAGUCGGCCACCACUUGA